AUGAUUACCAUGCAACGAAUUCUGCUCUCUGGGUUGGUCUACCUGGUGGCAUGGCAGAGCGAUUCUUCGAAUAGUUUGGUUGCCGCUGCCACCACUGGAAAAAAUGAUCCAAUUGCAAAUGACACAUACUUUUAUGGGCAAUCCCCUCCUGUCUAUCCUUCUCCGGAAAUGGUGGGAGGGUCACAAUGGACAGCAGCUUAUCAAAAAGCCAAGGCAUUGGUUGCACAGAUGAAUUUAGAGGAGAAGGUGAAUCUUACGGGCGGCGUCGAUAUGGGAACAGGGUGCUCCGGGAGUAUCCUACCCAAUAAGCGGUUAAACUUCCCGGGAAUGUGCGUCAGCGAUGCUGGAAAUGGUCUUCGAAAUACUGAUUUUGUCAAUGCGUACCCUGCUGGCAUUCAUGUUGGAUCCAGUUGGAAUAAAAACUUGGCACGCCAACGAGGUGCUGCCAUGGGCGGCGAAUUUAGGAGAAAAGGCGUCAAUGUUCUUUUGGGUCCCGUGGUAGGACCAGCCUGGAGGGUUGUUCGAGGAGGCAGAAAUUGGGAGGGAUUCACAGUUGACCCAUAUCUAUCAGGCUCUUUAGUGGCCCAAACUAUUGAAGGUGUUCAAAGCCAAGGAGUGCAGACCAGUCUCAAGCAUUACAUCGCCAAUGAACAGGAACUAAACAGGAAUCCAGGUGGUGAAGUUGAAUCAAUAUCAUCCAAUAUCGACGAUAAAACUAUGCACGAGGUCUAUCUCUGGCCAUUCCAAGACGGCGUCAGGGCCGGCACGGGCAAUAUCAUGUGCUCAUAUCAGCGAAUCAAUAACUCGUAUGGCUGUGCCAACAGUAAAACUUUGAAUGGCCUUCUCAAGACAGAGCUCGGCUUUCAGGGUUUCGUCAUGUCCGAUUGGGGUGCUCAGCAUUCUGGAGUCGCGAGCGCUCUUGCUGGAAUGGACAUGGCUAUGCCCAGUGGUGGCUCCUACUGGGGUGAUCAGCUUGCCGAGGCUGUCAAGAACGGUUCUAUUCCAGAGUCUCGAAUAACGGACAUGGCGACCAGGGAAGUUCCUGCUUGUUCAAAGUCGUUUGGUCAAGACACCAAGUUUCAAAAGCCAGGUGUUGGCAUGCCAUUGGAUGUUAGACAGCCUCAUGAAGCUGUUGAAGGACGCGACCCCAAUGAUCGGCCAGUACUUUUAGACGGCGCUAUUGAAGGGCAUGUACUGGUGAAAAACACGAAGAAUACGCUGCCCUUGAAGUCUCCUCGAAUGCUCUCGCUCUUUGGAUAUUCGGCGAGGUCAGCCGAUUCACUUUCACCUGGCCCUGGUGAGAUCUUUAUCAACUUGUGGCGAUAUGGAAUGACUUCCAUCAGCCUCGCCGAUGCCAUUUCAGGAUUAGUCGGCGGCCAGAAUACAAAGUUUCCAGAUAUCGCCUUCAAUGGUACCAUUUUCGGCGGAGGGGGAUCUGGAGCAGGGUCUCCUGCUGUUUUCGUUGCCCCCUACGACGCCUUGUCGAUUAGAGCUGCCCAAGACGAUACUGCUCUGUUUCACGAUUUCGGAAUGCCAGAUCCCGCUGUAGUGCCGACCACGGACACUUGUAUCGUUUUUGGAAACGCAUGGGCUGCUGAAGGCUACGAUCGCCCCGGGCUGUAUGACAAUUUCACCGACUCGCUCGUCAAGCACGUGGCCGAUCAAUGCAACAAGACAGUGGUCGUCCUUCACAAUGCCGGGCCACGCAUCGUGGAUGGCUUUGUUGACCAUCCGAAUGUUACUGCCAUUAUAUUUGCGCAUUUACCAGGUCGAGAGAGCGGUACAAGUCUCGUCAAGUUGCUCUACGGGGAGGCAGAUUUCUCAGGAAAGCUUAGCUAUACAGUUGCCAGGAAGGAAUCUGACUAUGGUCACUUACUCAGCCCCGACGAACCGGAAGGCAAAUUCCAAAAAUUCCCCCAGUCCAAUUUCACGGAGGGCGUGUAUCUUGAUUACAAGUACUUCGACAAGAACAACAUCACGCCGCGGUACGAAUUCGGGUUUGGUCUGAGCUACACAACUUUCAGCCUCCAAAAUCUCGUUGUACAGCGCGUCAAUGGUGGCAAUUCGGGCGAAUGGCCAAACGGCGCCGUAAUUCCAGGAGGCCAUGCGGACUUGUUCGACAACAUCGCCACAGUGACAGUCGAUGUCACCAACACUGGCAGCGUAGCCGGCGCAGAGGUGCCACAGUUAUAUGUAGGUAUCCCUGGGGGCCCUGCCAAGCAGCUUCGUGGAUUCGAGAAGCCGUUUUUGCAGCCUGGAACAACUGUCAAGGUUGAGUUUCCAUUGACAAGACGCGACUUGAGUGUAUGGGAUACGACAGCUCAGAAGUGGCGAAUGCAGAGGGGCAACUAUAAUAUCUAUGUCGGAACGAGGAGUCGAAACUUGCCGCUGAAGGGCUGUUUAACUAUUUAG